AACUACAGUAGGCCCAGGGUACUACCUACCUAGGUAGUUAUAUUUCUGACCUCACCACGUUUAGAUCUUGGUUUGAAUAUUGGCGAUUUAUAUCAAUACAGAGUCUUAUAUUACCACUUCAUACCGGCCGCCUUAUCGCGAAUGAUACCGAGUGUCCUUGACCCUACUUCAGCCAACCUCAACUCAACUCACAUAUCCCACCUCGUUCCCAAUGCGCAAGCCUCCCGUUCGCAUACCUUACACAGACGCCCUUGCACCGCCAACCAUUGUGCCGAGAAACGCAAACACCUUCCCUGGUGCCCUGGCAGCCCUCCAAAACUUCUUCUCCGCACCGCCCCGACCUGGCCUUUCGCCUGGUGCUGUCGUCCUCUCUGGCGCCGGCCUCUCGGUUGCCAGUGGCCUGGCCGACUACCGGGGCGUCAAGGGAACCUACCGCGUGAACAAGACGUACAGGCCCAUCUAUUACCACGAGUUCCUUGGCAACCACGAGGCCAGGAAACGUUACUGGGCGAGGAGUUUCUUGGGCUGGACUACCCUACGUAAAGCUGCCCCCAACCCCGGACACUACGCCAUCCGGGACCUGGCCGACCUGGGCCUCGUCCGGAGCGUCAUCACCCAGAACGUCGAUUCCUUCCAUUCCAAAGCACACCCGUCCCUGCCCACACUCGAGCUCCAUGGCUACCUCCGCUCCACCGUCUGUGUGACCUGCAGUUCCGAGUACCCGCGAGACACCUUCCAGAACGAACUGGCCAGGCUCAAUCCUCCCUGGGCGGAUUUCCUGGCCGAGGUGCUCGCCUCCGGGGCUCUCGAUACCGAGGACCCGGCGGAACGCGAGACCAAGGGCAUCCGGACCAACCCCGACGGCGACGUCGACCUGCCAGGCGCCCCUUACAUGUCGUUCAGGUACCCGGCCUGCCCCAAGUGUCUCGCCCAUCCGCCAUCUGCCCCCGAUGGCUCCACACACGUCGUCCAAGUGGACCACGACGGUGCCUGGAAGCCCACCAGCACGGGCGGCGUCCUGAAACCCGCCGUCGUCAUGUUCGGCGAGAACAUCGCCGGCCACGUAAAGACAGCCGCGGAGGAGGCAAUCGACGCGGCUGGUAAGCUCCUCGUGCUCGGCACGUCCUUAGCCACGUACUCGGCUUGGCGGCUGGCGAAGAGGGCGUUGGAGCGGCGCAUCCCCAUCGCCAUCGUCAACAUGGGCGGGGUUCGCGGAGAGGAUCAGCUCUAUUCCACCGUCGACUGGACGCAAGCAGGGGAGCAGAGGGUUCGAGUGGAGUUUUCUACCGACACACUACUACCGGCUUUGGUUGACCAGCUACGACAGUCUUCUUCUAGAAGCGCGAGUGUUUCUACAUCAGCAGCGGAGAUGGAGGCUGAGAGGAACAACCGCGCGAUGUUCAAGAACAUGUCAUCAUAGCACGUCUCGCUCGGGGAAGAAUAGAGCGUCCCCCAAUGUUACACCAUUUCAUUGUAUAUUGGCGAACCUAAAAGAAGGUCGAUAUGCCGGUUUCUUGUGUUCGCGUUUUGAUCGCCUUAGUCUUCGCCUCGGUAGGUUGCGGUUCUGACGUUUGUUCUGGCUUGGACCUUGUGGUUGGCUCGUUGUUGUUGCUGCUGCUGCUGCUCCGGGAGCGCUCCUUUCGCUGACUGCGUGUCACAUCGUCGCGCUCAAUCUCGCGGAGAACUAAAAAAGAAGAAAAAAAAAUCGCCUCAUGUGUUAGCAGAGACUUGAUCCCCAUGCACAACUCCCUCACGUUCUCAUCUCGUCCUACCUUCGGCCCAGUCCUGUUCCUUGUCCGGAUUCCCCGUCCCUAAGACCUUCUCGACAUCCACCCUUUCCCCCCUCUGUAUCCUCUCAAU